GUGGUUUGAACAUACGUUUUUGGAUUAAAAAGUACAUUUUACCAUGAAAUUAUUUCAUUGCAUUAUAAUAACUUUGUUUAGUUUUUGGAUUCCAUUUUUUCAAAAUAUCGAAGCAUUUCAUCAAGUUUUGCGACAAAACGUGUAUCUAAAUUGUGAACAUGGCAAUGAUACAAGUACAUGUGGAUUGCACGAGGAAAAUGCUUGCAAGACUCUUCAGUUUCUCAUCAAUACAAGAGCAAAGAUGUUAGCUAAAACUGAUCAUGUUGUUGUCCACAUUGCAUCUGGAUUCUGCAAUGACAGUUCUGUUGUAGUGUUUGAUUAUGGCGAAUUGAAAGUCAAAAGCUGGACAAUCAUUGGAUCAAAUAAGACAUCUGGCUCUCCAACAAUCAUCAAUUUAUCUUUCCAAUUGUUUAACACCAAAAUUUUACUAUCACAUUUAACAUGGCAGGAGUCUUUACAUCCAAUCAUUUUUAACACUCACACAAGUUAUAUUGAGUUUGAACACUGCAUGCUAAACUAUACCAUCUUUCAGUUAACUGGCAUUAAAACAAAUUUAACACUGAGCAAUACAACACUAAUGAAUUCUAAGUCAACAAGUUUUGACAUUCCAUUGUUUUUCUUGUACACAAUGGAAUAUUUUUAUACAACUGUUAUAUUGAGAAAUUCUAGCUUCACACACAAUCAAAGCCCAGUGUUGCUUGGCUUACAAAUUGGAAAAGUUUUAACAGAAAACACUUUGUUUUCUGGUAACCGAAAUAAUAUGAACAAGAGACCUUUUCUGACAUUUAGUGGCAUGGAUGUGGUCAUUAAGAACUCUAGAUUUUUGUCAAAUUCAGUGUUGGAAGUUAGAAACGUGAAAAAUUUUACAAUAAAAAAUGUAUUGUUUUAUUUAAACAAUGCAAUAAGGGAGAGCUGCCUCAUAGUGAAACAAAGAAGCAAUGUGUUCAUAACUGAUACAUUUUUCAAUAAAAAUACAAAUCCUGUCAUUGUAAUUGACAAAACCAGUAAUGCUUUAAACCAGAUCAUAUUGCAGGUUAGAUUUCAUAAAUUACUUUGUUAUUAAUGAAUCUUUGCACUACUUUGUUUCCUACAUUAUAGAAGUGUAAUUUUACUGGUGUGCAUAGCGAAGAUGACUUCAACAAACCAUUCUUGGAAGUCAUGUCAAACUCAAGCAUUUCCAUCAAAAAUUGUAGCAUUGUCAAUUCCAGUCCAGUCUGCUGUAAAAGUGGUGAGCAUGUAAAAUCAAAACUUUACUGUGAAAAGUGCAAGGCUGGCACCUUCUCGUAUAAUGAAAACAAUGCAGUGACAUUUGAUGUCUGUCAAAGCUGCCCAGGAGGGAUGUACUCUUCAAGUGAAGGCAGUGUGAAUUGCAGUGAAUGUGUAAAAGGAACAUAUAGUAAAAAGUCUGGAAAUGCAGAAUGUAAAAGUUGCAUGAAUGAUUUUUUCACAUCUGACAUGGGAGCGCAAAGCUGCACAAAACCAACUUUGGAGUUAAAACUUAUCAUGAUUGCUACUUUUCCAUUGAUUGUCAUACCAUUGUCUAUGUUAAGCAUAAAAUUUUUCAAAAUGCGAAAAUUGAAAGUAAAGGCAUGCUCAAAAGCACCUCCAAAUUACCAAAGAUUGCAAACACCUGAUACACAUGAAGACACACAUGAUGAUGUGAUAACACAUGGACAUUUCAGGAAAAUGUAGUUGAGUUUUGAGGGCUUAAUACAGCACUAUGUAAAGGUUUAUGCACUAUUAAAGCCUGGUGUGGAUUGAUUUUCUA